UUUGUACAAAAACUCUAUCCCCUCUCUAAUGGCGUCAAUAGGGUUAUGUGAAGCAUUUAUAGCUUUAAUUUGCUUUCUCAUCUUCUAUCACUUCCUCGUCAAGAAACCUUUCAGUUACUUACUCACCAAGAAAACCCUUGGAAGCUACCCUUGGAACUGGCCUGUUCUUGGUAUGCUUCCCGGUAUUCUCUUGAGGCUCCACCGCAUCUAUGACUUCAGUGUGGAGGUUCUUGAGAAUUCCAACUUGACGUUUCAAUUCAAGGGUCCAUGGUUCGUUGCAAUGGAUGCAUUAGCCACGGUUGAUCCAGCAAAUGUUCAUCAUAUUAUGAGCUCAAACUUCUCAAACUACAUCAAAGGUCCUAUAUUCCAUGAAAUCUUUGAAGCUUAUGGAGAUGGGAUCAUUAACUCAGACUCGGAGCUAUGGAGGAAUUGGAGGAACUCAGCUCAGAUUAUAUUCAAUCAUCAAAGGUACCAAAACUUCUCAACAAGUACCACGAGAAGUAAACUCAAGGACGGGCUUGUACCUCUUCUCAAUCACUUUGCAGAUGAAGAGAUGGUUGUGGACUUGCAAGAUGUGUUCCAGAGAUUCAUGUUCGAUAUAACCUUCAUCUUCGUAACAGGGUCCGAUCCUCGAAGUCUCUCCAUUGAAAUGCCAGAGGUUGAGUUUGCCAAAGCUCUUGAUGAUGUGGGAGAUGCGAUUGUGCAUAGGCAUAUUACACCAAGGUUCGUUUGGAAGCUACAAAAAUGGAUUGGGAUCGGAACAGAGAAGAAGUUGUUGGAAGCUCAUGCCACUCUUGAUCGUGUUUGUGCAAAAUUUAUAGCAGCCAAGAGAGAAGAGCUAAGAACACAAGGGACUACUCACAAUACCAAUGGAGAAAGUGAAGAUCUUUUGACCUCUCACAUAAUGCUUGAUGCAACCAAGUACGAGCUUUUGAAUCCUGGUGAUGAUAAGUUCCUCAGAGACUUCACAGUAGGUUUCAUGGCAGCUGGGAGAGAUUCCACGGCCUCUGCACUCACUUGGUUCUUCUGGAAUUUAUCUGAAAACCCUAACGUGUUAAACAAGAUUCUUCAAGAAAUCAACACAAAUCUACCAAGAACCGGAAGUGGCCAAGACAUGUCAUCGUACAUGAACAAGUUGGUGUACUUACACAGCGUGUUGAGUGAAUCACUGAGGCUCUACCCACCAAUUCCAUUCGAACGCAAGUCUCCAAUCAAAGAAGAUGUGCUUCCAAGUGGACACAAAGUCAAACCAAAUAUCAAUAUCAUGAUCUUUAUCUACGCGAUGGGGAGAAUGAAAACAGUAUGGGGAGAAGACGCAAUGGAGUUCAAGCCAGAGAGAUGGAUUACAGAGACAGGAGGGUUGAGACAUGAGCCUUCUUACAAGUUCUUGUCUUUCAAUGCCGGCCCAAGAACAUGUCUAGGUAAGAAUUUAGCUAUGAAUUUGAUGAAGACUGUGAUCGUGGAGAUAUUACAAAACUAUGAGAUUAAGGUCGUUGGUGGACAAAAGAUUGAGCCAAAACCUGGUCUCAUUCUUCACAUGAAGUAUGGGCUUAAAGUCACAAUGACUAAGAAAUGUUCCAGCUAG